UUCAGAAGGACUUGUCGAUAAAUAGCUAACUAGACAAAUGAUUGUUUACGUAUUUCUACUUGUGUGCGGAACUGGUCUAACCCUGGCAACGGAUUGUCCAGAUGGCUGGUUGGCAUUUAAAGGUUCCUGCUAUCUUUUUGGAACAAACAAUGUGCACUUUACCGAAGCUGAGAAUUACUGCCGAGAUCAACAUGAAUUUCAAAGUAGAUUGGUGCAUGUAGAAACAUCUGAGGAAAAUAUGUUUCUAAAAGGUUACAUGGGCGAUCAUCUAAAGGUACGAGAUUAUUGGCUUGGUAUGACGGAUGAACUUACGGAAGGAAGAUGGAAAUGGUACGGUGGAGAAACCGUAGGUCCAUACUUUGACUGGAAUCCAGGAGAGCCACAGGAUGCACACAGUGGUGAAGACUGUGCAAUAUUCCAUCAUAAAUUCCAUUUCAGAUGGGCAGAUACGUCUUGUACUUCGUCUAGGUCUGCAUUAUGCGAACUAAGGUAAAAAUUACCUUAUCGUAUUUUUCUCUCCAAAUGCACUUUUAACAUGUC